CGCGGGGUGGGGUGGGGGAGAUUUUCUCGGUUGAACGCUGUUUCGACGCGUUUUUUGAUGUGGAAUCAUGUCGGGAGUUGGUCUGCUGUGUCGUGUAGGAUUGCGACGGUUGGUACCUGGAAGCAUCCUUAAUUCAGUUCUCGGGGCAGCGGAGCCUGCGGAAGUUGGAGUUAGACGGCAGGGUCUGUGGUUUGUCACAGUUCGACAUAUUAUUUACAAUAGCACAUGGUGGGAUGAGCAACUUUCAGAAGAAAAUGUUGAGUUCCUUAAGAAACUUUCAACAGAAGAAUAUAAAACUCAAACUGCUAGUAAACUUUGUCCUCUGAAAGAUGAGCCAUGGCCUCUGAACUCAUGGGAGCCAGGUUCUAAAAGAGUCGGUAUUAUUGCAGUAAAGUUGGGAAUGAUGCCAUUAUGGACUAAGCAGGGUAAAAAAAUACCUGUCACAAUGCUUCAGUGUGCUAGUGUAUGCUGCCUGAUAGUUCCAGCUUGGUCUCCAUCUCAGAAGCACUACAAUAUUCAUGAAUUUUCCAAAAAGAAAACAGUCAACAUCAUCUCUGAAGUUCAAGACUGCCAUGUUAUUAAAUAUACACCCAAAGAAGAAUUUGAUGGGAAAACUCCCAGUCUAACUGUUGGGGGGAAAAAUGUGUCUGAAUUCCAUAGAAGUUCUUCUGUCAUGGAAAUAUACAGAGAACUAGGGCUUCCACCAAAACAGAAAACUUCAAUAUUUCGAGUGUCACCUAAUGCUGUCAUUAAGCCAGGUACACCUCUGUAUGCAGCUCAUUUCCGCCCAGGGCAGUACGUGGACAUCACUGCUAAAACAAUUGGCAAAGGUUUCCAAGGAGUCAUGAAAAGAUGGGGAUUUUCUGGCCAGCCUGCUUCCCAUGGCCAAACUAAAACACAUAGACGACCUGGAUCAAUUUCUAAUUCUGGUGUUUCAAAGGUCUUCAAGGGAAAGAAAAUGCCAGGACAAUUAGGAAACUUCUAUCGGACAACUAGGGGACUAAAGAUAUGGCAGGUCAAUGUGAAGCACAAUAUUUUAUAUGUACAUGGAAGUGUUCCUGGUCAUAGGAAUUGCUUAGUAAAGGUCACUGACACCGUUUUACCAACUUACCAAGAAAACCUUAAGAAUCCACCAUUUCCAACAUUUUUUGCUGAUUCUGAAGAGCUGCCUGAUGAGCUGUAUGAUGAAGAGCUUUUCCAGUUCACUGAACCCUCUAUUGCACUCUCUGAGUCCUGAAGAAUUAAUAGCUAUUCUACCUUCAGUCUUCAGAACUAAACAUGAAGCCCUCACUGAAGGGCCCUAUGACUUCUUUAAGAUGGUAUCCACAUAACGUGGAUCUUUAUUGAUUUCCAGAUCCACUAUUAAAUAAAAACAGUUCUUUGAAACUGAAGAGAAGCAUUCUGUAACAUGUUAACAAAUUAAUAUGAUUCAUAUAAUAAAUAUGUAUUUUUAAUGUUAUAAUUUAGAAAUAUCUGCUGGUUUGCACAUACCACAUUUCCUAUUGUGUAAAGCCAACUUUUCAUGACACAUAUCCUGAAGUCCUUUUUGAUUCAAAAGACAACAUCCAGUAGCUGAAAAGAAAUAGAACUUGCCUAAAAUAAUAUGAGAUUGAUAUAUGAAUUCAAUAAGAGUCUGUUUCAAUGAACUUAAUAGGGUUUGCUUCUGAUUAACAGCCACAUUUUUGUUAUGAAAGAAACAGAAGAUAAUGUCUCAAGGUUUACAUCUGCUUUCAUAUGAAGACAUAUUUUACUUUUUGCAGAACGCACUUAUUUCAACACAAAACAAUCCUCAAAUAUGAAGGAAAAUUGCUUUGAAAUUAUCAAUAUCAUUCUAAAAUUAUUUCUCCCUAAUCAUUCAUAGGGUCACCCAACCAUUAUGGGUGUGCUUUCUUGCUGAGAUAGCUGUCAUGUCUUGAGUGCUUAUGAAAAAUAUCUGGGUAGUCCAUAUGGAAAAAAAAGAUAAAGAUCGGUAUGACUCCUUAAUCAGUUCCACCAUAGCUCUUUGCAUGAAGAACUAGGGUGGAUCUGUGGCAGGCUUUUUAAAACUUUGAAUCAGAAGGAAGUUGCUCUGGAAGACCAGCAGUAAAGAAAGAUUUUUAAGAAUCUGCUUAAAACAUUGCUUUUUGAGAAACCUGUUGAACUUUCAAGCAAUCCAAACCUACAAUAAAAGGAUCUUGUUGGA